AUGGCUACGAGUGGGCAAGUUCAGAAUGGGACGUCCGAGCUGGGUAGUCGAAUCCAAGGAAAAAUCCUGGUAAUCGCCGGCUCGGAUAGUUCGGGUGGAGCUGGCUUGGAGGCGGACCAAAAGGUCAUCGCAGCUCAUGGCUGCUAUGCCAUGACCGCGACCACGGCACUUACGGCUCAAAAUACGACAGGUGUCAGUGGCAUUCAUCAUGUACCUACCGAGUUUGUACGAAAGCAGAUUGAUGCUGUUUUUACAGACAUCCAGCCUGACGUCGUCAAGACUGGAAUGUUGGCAUCGGCAUCGACUAUCGAGAUGCUGGCAACUGCUAUCAAGGAUUAUCAAGUGAAAAAGCUCAUAUUGGAUCCAGUCAUGGUGGCAACGACCGGAGCUGUCUUGCUUCCCCCUGAGGCUGUAAAAGACAUGAGGACCCUGCUACUGCCUCAAACUUUCAUAGUAACACCCAAUAUCCCAGAGGCCCGGCUUUUACUCUCGGAUGCUGGAAAUGAGCCCAUAGAGAUCAACACGAUUGAUGAUCUGGAAAAACUAGCACGAGAGACACAAAAGCUGGGACCAAAAUGGAUUCUCAUCAAGGGUGGUCACGUACCUUUCAAGAAGGACGGCACUAUAGCCAAGGAGACAGAGGACAAGGAAUUGGUCGUGGACGUCCUCUUUGGUGAGGGCCAGAUCACGAGAUUCGUGAGCCUGUACCAACAAUCCAGGAACACUCACGGCACGGGCUGCUCGCUAGCUUCUGCCAUUGCGUCCAACAUUGCGAAGGGACUCGAGCCCGUGGACGCCGUGAGAGCAGCUUCACGAUACAUUGAGGCUGGCAUUCGUACCGCGCCAGACUAUGGACAUGGAAAUGGACCGCUCAACCAUUUCCAUUCCGUAUACACUCUCCCCUUCACACCUGGCCGUUUCAUCGAAUACUUGCUCAGUAGGCCGGACGUUGCCCCAGUAUGGCAAAAAUUUGUCUAUCAUCCGUUCGUGCUGGCCAUGGGUUCUGGAAAGCUACCCCUGGAGUCUUUUAAGAACUACUUGAUUCAAGACUAUCUCUACUUGGUCCAUUUUGCACGGGCAAAUGCUCUGGCAUCGUACAAGGCCAACAGUAUCGAGGACGUCGCCGCGGGAGCCAAGAUUGUGAACCACAUCCACACGGAAAUGUCACUGCACCUGGACUACUGCGCGGGCUUUGGGAUCCCCAAGGCGCAGAUCGAGGCGACCGAGGAGCACAUGGCCUGCACGGCAUACACGCGCUACGUCCUUGACGUUGGCAUGGCCGGCGACUGGCUCGGCCUGCAGCUCGCGCUGGCCCCUUGCCUGCUGGGCUACGGCGCCGUCGCCCAGAUGCUCCACGGUGCCGAGGACACGGUCCGCGAGGGCAAUACCUACUACAAGUGGAUCCUCAACUAUGUCGCCGAAGAUUAUGUCGGUGCCGUGCGGACGGGCAGUGAGCUGAUUGAAAGGCAUGCGGUUCUGCUCGGUCCUAGUCGAGUUGAGGAACUUGUCAAGAUCUUUAUUCACGCUACCAAGAUGGAGAUUGGUUUCUGGGAAAUGUUCCCUUACGAGUAA